CAACAACAAUCACUACAGAGCGAAGAAAGCGCGAUGGCUCCCUGAAGCUCUACACUUUACCACACUGUCACAGUACUAAUAUUAGCCCGACUGCUGCUGUUUUUAACGGACCUUUAUACGUCGAUGGUGCCGAGCUCAUGAACUUGGCCAGUCAAAGCGGGGACGCCGGCGGAAGCCAGCUCCUCUUCGCCAACUUUAACCAGGACAACACGUCCUUAGCUGUUGGCACCAAAUCAGGAUACAAGUUUUUCUCCCUGUCCUCUGUGGAUAAAUUGGAGCAGAUAUAUGAAUGUACUGACACAGAGGAUGUGUGCAUUGUGGAGCGUCUGUUCUCCAGCAGCCUGGUAGCCAUCGUCAGCCUGAAGGCUCCCAGGAAACUCAAAGUCUGUCACUUCAAGAAGGGAACUGAGAUCUGCAACUACUCCUAUUCCAACACCAUACUGGCUGUCAAACUCAACAGACAGAGGCUGAUCGUGUGUCUGGAGGAGUCGCUGUACAUUCACAACAUACGAGAUAUGAAAGUGUUGCACACUAUCAGAGAGACUCCACCCAACCCUUCAGGACUGUGUGCCCUUUCCAUCAGCAAUGAUAACUGUUACCUGGCGUAUCCCGGCAGCGCCACGAUAGGAGAAGUCCAGGUGUUUGACACGGUCAACCUGCGAGCAGCUAAUAUGAUUCCAGCCCACGACAGCCCAUUAGCGGCUCUGGCAUUUGAUGCCAGUGGAACCAAACUGGCCACAGCCUCAGAGAAGGGAACAGUCAUCCGUGUCUUCUCAAUCCCAGAAGGACAGAAACUCUUUGAGUUUCGGCGAGGAGUCAAGAGGUGUGUGAGUAUCUGUUCGUUGGCAUUCAGUAUGGAAGGCUUGUACCUGUCGGCCUCCAGCAACACAGAGACGGUCCACAUCUUCAAAUUAGAGACGCAGAAGGAGAAGUAUGUGCCGGCAGAGGAGCCCACCACAUGGGGAGGGUACUUGGGCAAGGUCCUAAUGGCGUCCACCACUUACCUGCCUUCACAAGUGACAGAAAUGUUCACCCAGGGGCGAGCCUUCGCCACCGUACGUCUGCCCUUCUGUGGACAUAAGAACAUCUGCGCCUUAGCUGUGAUCCAGAAGAUUCCCAGGUUGUUGGUAGCAGCGGCUGAUGGCUACCUGUAUCUGUACAACCUGGAUCCACAAGAGGGAGGGGAAUGCACACUUAUGAAGCAGCACAGGUUAGACGGCAGUGCUGAGCCAGCCAAUGAGAUCCUUGAGCAAGGGUCACACGAUCGCCCUCUUGUGGCCCAAACCUACAGUGCCGCUGUCAGUAAAGGUUACUGCGAAGAGCAGGGCGCCGUGGGAGGGGCGGGGCUAGAAGACGACCUCAACGACUUACGUUUAGAGGAAGAAAACGAGCAACCACCACUCAUCCUUGAAACUGACUGACUUAACGGACGGCUGUACCCACCAAUCAGAGGGCUCCUCUGGUGCUGCUAUGAACAUGUGACACAAGGGGGGCAGAGGCAGGGGCAGGAUCAGAGAGGGGGAAUGGGGUUGGGGGGGGUUGUUUUUAAAUGCUCAAAGCACUCAAGAGCCUGUCUGUCAGUCUUAUCUGUGCGUUUGUUAACACUCACGUCUCUUCUUUUUUUUUUUUUUCUCCCUCCCUCCUUCCUUCGCUCCCUUUUCCCUCAGUUUUGCCUGCGCCGGCCAAACUGAAGCUUUGCAUGUACAUGUGCCAACCGCUAAAAAAAAAAAAAAAACAUGCUCUAAUGUGAAAACGAGUACCUGUGAGUGUGCGUGUUGGACGUUUUGAUCAAAAAUGUAGCUGUGUCUCCACUGAAGACACACACACACAGACGCAGGCACUGUGUAAAAUGAAAGUGAAGACGAUUGUGUAAGUGCCUCUCUGCCCCGGCGUCAUGGUUUCUUCUGUUCGAGAGGGGGGGAUCUCUUUGCAUUGGCUUAAUAAAAAUCUAUUUUCAGUUGUCAGAUCUUAAUCGAGGGUGUGUGCUAUCUUUUUCUGACCUUUUCCUCUCUCACAUGCAGUCACACACUUUCCGGAGAGGAGUGACAAAGAUCACUGCUCUCGCCUCAAGUUUACCCUCAAAAGCAUGAUUCGGAAGCUUUUGGCGUGAGGCAGAGGUGUCUGCGAAUAAGAGUGUGUGUUUGUGCGCUUGUGCUGAGAAAUCAUCAGUGUGCGUGCGUUUGUUUGUUGGUGUGUGUGUGUGCUGGGCAUGUACAUUGGCAAAACAUCAAGUAAUUAUCCUACAUUUGUACCCGCUCACUUUUACCUCAUCGAAACAGAGGCUCAGUGGACCUUCCCGCCCUCUCCCCCUCCGCAGGCCUGCAGUCAUUGGUUGAUUUUAAACUCUGAUAUUGAUUAUCUUUUUUAAAUCUACGUAACCUAUCAUAACCAAUGAUGUGUCAUGCGUAAGAAAACAUGCAUGGUGUUGUUGACGUGGUACUGUGUCCAUACAUCGAAGACAGUUGGGAGACGGCGGUCAGCUCAAGUCAGACAGCAGAUCAGUCGAGAAUGAUGCGUCGUCAGUGACAUUCUCCUCCUACUGUAUCUCUACUCUGUACAUAACUAGAUGUGGCAAGAUAAUACUGUACCAUAUUGUCAGGGUUAUGACCAUGGCUUCUACGCUCUCUGGGAUAGUGGGUGUUAUAAUUUGAUUGAUCUGGAGCUCAGGCUGAGCCUCAUCAACUGGUCGAGGAUGCUGCAUGACUCCCUUAAACAAGGAUUAGCUGUGGGAUUUUGGCAUGUCAGGCAUUUUCUAAUGAUUUUGUACAAAAUGUGAAACGUUCAUCUGAAACUAUAAUGAAAAUAAAUUCCAUGUUGAUGUA